AUCUCGAGGCGAAAGUGCAAGACUUUGUGCGACAGGCGAAGAGUCUGGAAUACGAUCUGAUCGCACUUGGGCUGAGUUGCAGUCGACAUCCUGUUCUUUCUCUGCAAGAGGAAAUCGACUCGUUGAAGGACGAGAUUGAGAUCAAGGAUCGAUUAAUCGCCACAAACGGAGAGAAGCUCACAAUGUGGAUGAACCAACUGGAGGACCUACAGACCAAACAAAAAACGGUUCUUUUACCCGGAGCAGAGUGA